AUGUAUUGGUCGUCGUCGUCCGACGUCAGUACCGCCCUGCGAACUCUCAGCAACGCCUAUGCAUAUGUCACCGUGGGCCUCUUCCUCAUCUCGGCCAUCGUUUGUGCCAUUGCGGCGGCCGGUGCCUUCAGCCAGCACAAUGUCAAGUACAACAUCGCACAAAUCCUCGCCAUGUCUGCCAACAGUAGCGUCAUUGGGCCCGCCUCACUGAGGACAGCGUUCGCUGGUCACGGGCACGGCAGGGACCCCUAUCGCGGACACCUUUACACCACCAUCGAUGUGCAGGGGAACAACCACCGCGCCAUAUGA